UGUGGAAGCCGAACAAUUUUUUUGUGAAGUUAGCGAUAGAUAGGGAAUGUAAACAAAGUCUAACAGCUGAUUGGCUCAUAAUGUAAACAAAGUCUAACAGCCUGAUUGGCUCAUAGCCUCGUAACCGGCGCGGGUUUUUAGAAAUUUAUUGGGUACCAAUGGACGAGAUGACACAUUCUCUAACAGUAUAAUUGAAAAGUAUAUAUUAAAUCCAGAAAUGGCCAACAAUAGACCGUUGAUUUUUGCAUUGGUAAUAUUAUCUUAUGUAACCGCUUUAGAAAUUGACAAAAAUGGUUACAUUUUAUAUUGCCCUUGCAUGGGUCGAUUUGGCAACCAGGCUGACCAUUUUCUUGGCGUUCUAGCAUUUUCAAAAGGACUGGACCGAACAUUAGUGCUGCCUCCUUGGGUGGAGUAUCAGUAUGGAAGACCAACUUCAAUUCAAGUUCCUUUCAAGAAUUAUUUCCAAGUGUCCCCACUGGAGGAGUACCACCGGGUGAUGACCAUGGAAGACUUCAUGCAGGACAUUGCUCCAGCUGUGUGGCCUGAGGAAGCCAGAACAGUUUUGUGCUACAUGCCAAGGUUUGGAUCUGAAGACUGCAACGCUAAGGAAGGAAGUCCAUUUGGGCCAUUCUGGGACACCUUUGAUGUAAACUUUGUUAAUUCAUCUUUUUACCGUCCAUUAACGUACGACGUUCACCACGGCAGCACUGUUCUGGAUUGGGCCAAAAAUUAUCCUCCCCAUGAAUGGCCUGUGUUAGCGUUCACGGGAGCACCUGCUUCGUUCCCGGUCCAGAAGCAGAACCGAGCCCUGCAGGAGUACCUUGUCUGGAGCGACGACAUUGAUGCCAAGGCUCAGAACGUAAUCGACAGUUUCCCCAGAGGUCCUUUUGUCGGCAUUCACUUGAGAAACGGAGUAGACUGGGAGCGUGCAUGCGAACACGUGGAGCAGAGCCCCAACCUGUUCGCUGCUCCCCAGUGCCUUGGCUACCUCAACGAGCGAGGCCGCGCCACGCACGAGCUCUGCCUGCCGUCCUUCUCUACCAUCGUCAAGCAAAUCAAACGAGCUAUUAAAAAAGUUAAUGCGUCCAUCAUCUUCGUGGCCUCGGACCACGACCACAUGAUGGACCAGCUCACUGAAGCCUUCAGCAAGCUCAAGGUAAAAGUUCUGCACAGCGAUGGUGCUGGUCCACACGUUGAUCUCGCAGUACUGGGCAGAGCCAAUCAUUUCAUUGGCAACUGCAUUUCAUCCUUCAGUGCGUUCGUGGUCAGGGAGAGGGACGUACAUGGAUUGCCCUACUCUUUCUGGGCCUUUCCAUUGAAAAAAUCUGCUAAGGCCUCUAGCCUACACCAGGAAUUAUGAUUCUUUACCUAUUCCAUCUCACAAAUGUACCAUACAAAAAUUUUCACUGUGGCUUUCCAAAGCAUUAUUUAUUAUAUUUAGAGCUAAUCAGAGUUUUCAUCAUUGAUCUUUUUACUCUAAUAUGCUUCAAUUGUACAAUUCCAUCUCAGAAUUUCUUAUACAUUCUUGUAUAUAGCGUCAAAAAAAUGUUUUUGUGCUCUGUUCAUGCUAGACUAGAUUUUUAAAUCGGAUGAUAAGAAAGUCGUUCGGUGCUGUCGAGGUCCUUAUAUACGAUUUGUACAUUUCUAUUGAUCAAUCUUGCAAAAGUAUUUAUUGUUGUGACUUUGAACGAAUUUUUUUUCAGGCUUCUUAUUACAAGUUAUAGUUUUGUGUUUGUUCUCGUCAAUAUUUUUGCUAAUGCUCGUUUCUGAACAUGCUUAACAAGGACCCUUGUGCUCAUAAUAAUUUUUUGUGUAUUUUAAAAAUACUGCAAUACUGAGCAUUUAUUGAGUUUGACAAAUUAAAACGACAAUGGUCCUAUUUGAUUUUUAAAUGCAUAAAAUUUUCUUGUUUUUCGUGCAAUUUCACGCUAAUUCUUGUGUAAAAAUAAGGAAUUAAAAUAAUUUGGUAACAUUAUUCCAUUAUAUUGAUA